AUGUCCCUCCUCACCCCGAACGAGUCCCAUGCCUUCCAGUCGUUCCUCUCCCAGGUGGAUUACGCAGAGUCAGAUCAGGUAGCACCCGAGUGGUCGAUGUACUCGUCCCCGGACAUGAUGCAGGAGGAUCUUGACCCGGCCCAGGUCCAAAAGCGCGAAGCUUUGGCCAAGGCCACGAAGGACUUGAUGGCUCUCGACGGAGGCCGGUGGCAGCAGCAGAACGGAGCGGGAAACCCGUACGGCAUGCAGCAGCAUCAACAUCAGCAGGCUGGAUACGACGCGUAUCAGCAAAGUCCUCUCGAGCAGCACCAUACCCCAAAUAUGGAUUAUGAAUAUGGCCACUACCAGCAGCAGCAGCAACACCAGCAGCAGCAUCACCAACAGCAGAUGCAUCAGUCACCUUACACGCACUCACGCCACGAGAUGUUCCCCUUCCUCAACAAGCAGCAACAGGCACAUUAUCCUCACCAUGACCAGGUAUUGCCGCCAAUUUCGGUGAACGUCAACGGAAACUACGCCUCUUCACCUUCAAGAGCGUCAGCUACGCCGCCAAUUUCUGCUUCAUCGACGCAUUCGUUUUCGAUUGCGACACCAACAUUGCCAUCCCCAAAUAAUACCCCAUUUCUCCCGAUGAACGUAUCUAACGGGUCAUUACAAAUACCGCAACCGCAUCGCGGCAUUCCCUCACCUGCUGGCUCGCACCCUAGUUCAUCCCGCGGCUCCCCCGCACUUCCCCCUAGUCUAAGCAACAUGUCGAAACGGUCUACUUAUGAUGAUCUUCCGUUACAUCCUACGAAACGACAGCGCAUGUCACCUGUAAGCGCUGCAGCUCACCCUUAUCCGAUGCAGCGCUCACGGUCACAUCCCAUCCCUGGCGCUGGUCAGUAUCCUAACCACUAUCUUCCCAAUGGUCAACUCGAUGGCGGUGUUCACAUGCACCAACCACGUAUAUCUUCCUCACGGCUUGCACCUCCCUCGCGCGCCGCCUCGGUGUCAUCCAAUUGCUCAUCACGGCCGGGUUCCUCGCACGCGUCAAUGGCUUCUCUGCAUCCCAAUCCCUCUCAUACAGCCUCGAGUAAACCUGCACUCCUCUCUCCAUCGCAGAAAAAAGCAAAUCACAUACAAAGUGAGCAGAAACGCCGCGCGAAUAUUCGUCGUGGUUAUGAGGCCCUUUGCCAAACUGUCCCCGCACUGAGAGAAGCGAUACGCGACGAGGAAAUGGGGAAAGGAGGGAAAGGCAGUGCAAAUGGCGAUGCCGAUAUGGACUUCGAGGACGACAAAAGCACGCGGAGAUCGACAAGAUCCAAACGGACCAGAGGCAAGACCACUAAGGACGAAGCGGCCAAUGACAAAGUUGACGGACGGGCUGGCCCGAGAAGCGAGAACGUCGUGUUGUCAAAGACUAUUGACUAUAUUACUGAGCUACUCGCUGAGCAAUCAACUCUUCUCGAUCGCAUGCGAACUGCCCGCUCUGCACUGCCUUUCGGCCACCCAGCGCUUACACCAUUAUGUCAGAACCUGUGCGUGUUCAAGGAGAAGAAGUCGAAGAACGGCGACUCGACACCGAACUUUGCGAACAAAGGCGACGAAAACGCGGCCAUGAUCUCAUUGAACGGUCUCAGCGGUUUAGAUGCUUCAAAAUUCAAAGAGGGGGCGAUCAUCAAGGACGGUGUCGUGAUGGUGCCUCUAUGGGACCGAGAAUGGCGCGGCGGCGAUGAUGACGAUGAUGACAAGGACGAAGACGGUGACGGUGACGACGAUGAAGAAUCUGCCUAA